AUGUUAAGCGCUUUAAAAAAUUCCAGACCGAAAGAUCAAGAGGUGUAUGCCAAUGUGAUUGAUGGGCUUAGCAAAUUAUACUUUAAAAAAUUGCUUCCACUCGAAAAUUUGUACAAAUUCCAUGAUUUCCACUCUCCUCCGCUUGAAAAAAGUGACUUCGAGUCGAAGCCAAUGGUUUUACUUAUUGGUCAGUAUUCUACUGGAAAAACAACUUUUAUACGUUACCUAAUUGGUGAAGAUUUUCCUGGCAUCCGAAUAGGCCCCGAACCAACUACAGAUAGUUUCAUAGCUGUCAUGAACGAUGCAAGGAGCGGGAUUAUUCCUGGGAAUGCUCUCGUAAUGGAUUAUUCAAAGCAAUUUAGACCUCUUUCUAAAUUUGGAAAUGGUUUUUUAAAUCGUUUUCAGUGUGCACACAUGCCAAAUGGUGUUUUGGAUGGAAUAACGUUCAUUGAUACACCUGGAAUUUUGAGUGGCGAGAAGCAACGUGUCGAUCGCGGGUACGACUUCUCAGGUGUUAUUGAGUGGUUCGCAGAGCGUGCAGAUAGAAUCAUCUUGCUCUUUGACGCUCAUAAACUGGAUAUAUCGGACGAAUUCCGGCGGGUUAUCGAAGUUUUAAAGUCGAACGAAGACAAAAUACGAAUUGUUUUAAAUAAGGCAGAUACAAUUGAUUCUCAACAACUUAUGAGAGUGUAUGGUGCUUUAAUGUGGAGUUUAGGAAAAAUAUUAAAUACACCUGAAGUAGCACGUGUAUAUAUUGGUAGUUUUUGGGACCGUCAGUUAGUAUUUGAUACCAAUAGAAAAUUAUUUGAAUUAGAGAAAAUGGAUUUGUUUCGUGAUUUGGCUACUCUACCCGCAAAUGGUACUCUGAGAAAAUUGAAUGAUUUCAUUAGACGUGCUCGUCUUGCCAAAGUUCAUGCUUAUGUUAUUUCGCAUUUGAAAAAAGAAAUGCCAACAAUCGUUGGUAAAGAUGCUAAGAAAAAAGAGCUUAUCAAUAACCUAUCCAAAGUAUACGAUACCAUAUCACGCACACAACAUAUAUCAAUUGGUGAUUUCCCUAACAUUAACAGAAUGCAAGAAUCUUUAGAAGUACAUGAUUUUAGAGCAUUUCCUGCACUGCAACCAAAACUAAUCAAAGCUGUUGAUGAAAUGUCGAGUGAAGUAGCAAAAUUAGUACAAAUGAUUCCAAUGGAACGUGAUGCAAUCGUAGAAACACAUGGUCCAGCUGUUACAGGUGGUGCAUUCGAUACGUCGGGUACACCAUUCAGUUUUCAUGCUGGUGAAGGAUUUGAAGAGGGUCGCUUUGAAAAGGAAUGGAUUGUAGAUCGUUUUAGAGAACCAUGGGAUAAAGAGUUUGACAAGCUAAAUCCUGUGGAUGGUAAAAUCAGCGGUGAAGCUUCACGUAGUCAUAUGGUCAAAUCCAAUUUACCUUAUAGUGCAUUGAAAAAUAUCUGGAUUCUAGGUGAUAUUGAUCGUGAUGGUUGUCUAGAUGCUGAUGAAUUCGCUUUAGUUUGUUAUAUAAUGAAAUUAAAACUAGAAGGCUACGAAUUACCACCCACACUUCCUGCCCAUUUAGUACCACCAUCUAAAAGAAAUUCUGAACAAGCACUUCGUAAUGGUUACCAUAACGAAUAA